AUGGCGGAGCCGACAUCCACGACGCAAACACUACCACAACCAAAACGCUCCUCCUCCCAGACCUCCUCCUCAUCUCACAAAAGCCAAAAGGCUAAUGGCAACAACAACAAAACCGCUGCUGCCGUGGUUCGCCCAAAACAGACUACGAAACGGCUCUCGGCGGUAUCCAUCGUGUCCUCGAACACCGCGACGUCGGGGAUUCCCGCUGAUCUGACUUCGUUCCCUUCCCUAUCGCCGGAUAGUUCACCUCGAGAGUUGCGCGGCCAGCCUGAUGUGGAUAUGGCAGUCACAGAACAGCAGCAGAGCGAAGAGGAUAACCGUCGAGCUGUGAAACGAGGUAGACAGGCAGCUCUCGAACGGCUCACGUCCUCACUUUCGCAAGGAUCGGGCCGCCCUGCUUUAUUCGACGAUUCAUUUUCGACUUCAGAAGUACCCGGAGCCUUGCACUUGGUCGACAGUGACCACAUAGAACAUUUACUGGAAAAGAAUGGUGCUGUGAAAACGGUCAGACAAUUCGCGCGUGACCUUGCAGUUAGGGAUGCCGAAAUCUCGAAGCUACGAAGGAGGGCUGAUGCUCGAGAACGGGAGCUGAAGCGCAUGCUUCGAGAUGUUGGGGUAUCCAGUCAGGAUAUUGAGAGGCGUUUAUAUCACAUGGAAAACCCCUCACCGAAGGAUACGUCGCCCGGGGAAUCGGAUGGUAUCCAUAAGCUGGUCAUGAAAUCAAGCGUCGGAAAUCUCAUGGGUCAGGCCAUGCUAGAUCCUGUAGGCGAGUUUGAUUCUGACGAUACGGACCUAAAAGCAACCCUUCGACCACAUCGUAACGAUAGCGACGCGAAGUCUGGAACCUCAAGCAUCGAAUCCAGCACUCAGAGAAGGCAGGGGACUGUUCGUAUGUGGCAGGACUAUAUCUUUGGAACUACCAACGCCAGCCGUAGGACUAGCCGGGGCAGCAGCGUGUUGACCGAUGCGGACGAUAUUGACGAGAUUGCUGGAGCUCCUCGUAUUGCAUCGAACAACACAGCGUCUGGCCGUCGGAAAGGGUUGGAUGAAAGGCUCUUCCAGCCCCCUCUAAGCCGUGCAGCUUCCCCGGCGGGAGCGAAGCUUUCAAAAGCUGGGGAAACGUCCAGUCUUCACUCACGAAAAUCGUCCAAGUCUGUCACUUCUUGGACAGUCAAGUUAUUUGCAGGCAACUCUCAGAACAAGGAUACUCAGGGUGCUUCCAGUGGAGAUCGAAGCCGAGCGUCUUCUUUAGGAGAGGAUAAGCUCAAAACUACCGCCAAACCAUCGAAUCUCACCGGCAAGAAUGGAUUGUCCGCUGUGGCUGCUUUGAAGCGUAUCAACAGUUAUAGCGGGGUCAAUGGUCUUCCCAACACUUCUACGACAUCCAACCCCAGUAGGUUAGGUCUUCAAAGACGUGUUACGGGGUCAAAUACGCCUCAAACACCCAAUGCAGAUCGCAGCAACAGCACGGUAGCGACUAAUCUUGGUCCUGUUGAGAUGGAUGCUAUUCUUCCCAUGGAGUCUCGACCACCAGCUCUGAGUGAACUAAAUUUCAACUACCAAUCAGGCAGCUUGUUGACGGAUCGCUUUGGUUUCAUAUACGAUCAACGGCGAAAGAAGAGACAAAAAGAAGCCGCACUAUUGAGAAAAACUGCCAAUAGAAACAGUCUGACUGAAACUAUCAACAGUCACCGCAGCGGCGACAUGGCCGAGGAGGGUGAAGUGGACGAUGAUCACCAGCGGACAGGGCUUGGCUUGACGAUUCCAGAUCAGCCAGAAACUCCAAUCUCGGCCGAAGAAGCUGAUAAUGAGGGCUCAACGGUGAAACGCUGGCAAGACUAUCUUCGCAUUGCAACACGGCCAACAGAACUGUUGUCUCAUACGCCUUCUGCUGCGCCUAUCGUAGGUGUCUCCACUCCUGAUGAACCACCCAAGAGAGUGGCAUCUACAGUUGCCCUUGACAAGGCUGGGGCACCGUCAGUUAGUCCAAGUUCACAGCCAACCGCCUCAACUUCGGCCAUUGUGGCAGACACACCCGAAUUUGCCAACAUACCGGCUCGCUCACAAAUCACGACUGCGGUUAGUAUAUCCAAUGAACAAGAGCCGGUCAAGCUCCUACUCGAACAAUUGACGGAGCUCCACGAUGUCCUUCAGCGCGAAAGAACGACUAGGUGGAAUGAGUUUCUUCGUAAAGUCCGUGCAGAGCGCCGCCGAGAAGGUGAAGCCGCUGCAGCACUGGAUCCUGAACGCGCAAACAUGUCACUGAACAUGCCCGAAGCUACCCUGGCUGAUGGCGAAGUUGUCGGCAUUGCCGGUUUGGGAAACAAGGGCAAGGUUGGGCGGAAUAAGUGGCGAGAAUUUCGGUCAUUGGUGCUCUCUGGAAUUCCUGUCGCCCAUCGUCCAAAGAUCUGGGCAGAAUGCAGUGGCGCCUCAGCGAUGCGUAUCCCUGGCUACUACGAUGACCUCGUCAAUAUGGUUAAUGUGGUUGACGUUGAUCCUACUAUCGUCGCUCAGAUCGAUAUGGAUAUCUACCGUACUCUUACUGAUAAUGUGUUCUUCCGGAAUGGACCUGGUGUGGCAAAGCUACGAGAUGUUCUGUUAGCCUACUCUCGCCGCAACCCUGAGGUUGGAUAUUGUCAGGGCAUGAAUCUCAUCGCAGGUUCACUUCUAUUGACUACGCCGACGGCCGAGGAUGCAUUCUGGAUCAUGACAUCGAUGAUUGAGAAUAUUCUGCCCCACCAUUAUUACGACCAUGGUCUUUUAGCUUCUAGAGCUGACCAACAAGUUCUUCGUCAAUACAUCACGGAAGUUCUCCCUCGUCUUUCAGCCCAUCUGGAUGAGCUUGGUAUCGAGUUAGAAGCCUUAACAUUCCAAUGGUUUUUGUCUGUAUUUACGGACUGUCUAUCUGCUGAAGCACUCUAUCGUGUAUGGGACGUUGUAUUGUGUCUGAAUGUGACUAGCACGACUCGUGAAAGGGCGGGAUCAACGGUUAUUGCCAAUGGUCCGAAGAAAGAUGCAGAAGAGGACGCUGCGAGUGGUGGUGGCAGCACGUUCUUGUUUCAAGUCGCCUUAGCAUUACUAAAGCUAAACGAACAGCAACUCUUGACAACUUGCCAGACACCUGCUGCGGUCUAUACCUAUGUCAACCAUCAAAUGACCAACCAUGCAAUCAGCAUUGAUGGCUUGAUUCAAGCAAGCGAGGCUCUGAGGAACGUGGUUCGGAGAGAAGACGUCGUUGCUAGACGAGCUGCCGCUUUGCGAUCAAUGAAGAACGAUGGCUACUCCUACCAUGGCUCAACUUAUUCGGAUGAUUGA